AUGAGAAUUUUCGAAACUGUCACCGGUGUUCUCCUCCUCUUCUUCCUUCUCACUGCUCCAUCUACUGCGGAUAUCAAAUCGAUCAAAAUCCAAUCCGAUGACCGACCGAUGAUCCUCUUGCAGAAGUUCGGGCUCACACAUAGAGCUUAUAUCACCGUAGCAGCCUCAUCCGUGUCGGUCACCUCCACGUUAUCGCCCCCUGAUCUCUCGCGCCAAGGCGUAUUCCUUCUCUCGGAAGAAUCGAUGCCCGAAGUCCUGCUUGAAUUUCAACAAAACCCUGAUUUCUGCAUACUACGUUCCAAGUUCGCCUUACUUCUUUUCACGUUCCGAGAUCUCUCACCUAAGUGGUCGUUCAACCGUUCGUUCCCUGUGAUGUACCCUAGUGAGUACUCGCUCUUCUUCGCUAACUGCGACGCGGGAUCGCGUGUCACCAUGGACUUCUGCACAGAGCUGUUAAAUACUGAUGGCUAA